CAGUAUUUUCUACUAUUCCUGAGCAUACAUGGCUUGCCGCUAGUUGCCUCUUCAUUCUGGAAUCGGUGAUGAUUGUUGUCUUUGGUUUGGAAUUUAUCAUACGCAUCUGGUCUGCUGGCUGCUGUUGUCGAUACCGCGGAUGGCAAGGAAGAUUGCGAUUUGCAAGGAAACCUUUCUGUGUAAUAGACAUCAUUGUUCUCAUCGCUUCAAUAGCAGUUGUUUCUGCAAAAACUCAGGGUAACAUUUUUGCAACAUCAGCACUCAGAAGUCUUCGUUUCCUACAGAUCCUUCGCAUGGUACGAAUGGACCGAAGAGGAGGAACUUGGAAAUUGUUAGGUUCAGUGGUUUAUGCACAUAGUAAGGAAUUAAUCACAGCUUGGUACAUUGGAUUUUUAGUACUUAUUUUUUCAUCUUUCCUUGUCUAUCUGGUUGAAAAAGAUGCAAAUGCUCAAUUUUCUACAUAUGCAGAUGCUCUGUGGUGGGGCACAAUCACAUUAACAACAAUUGGUUAUGGAGAUAAAACUCCUCUUACUUGGCUAGGAAGGCUGCUUUCUGCAGGGUUUGCACUGCUUGGCAUUUCUUUCUUUGCAUUACCUGCUGGCAUUCUAGGAUCAGGAUUUGCAUUAAAAGUACAGGAACAGCAUCGUCAGAAACAUUUUGAAAAAAGAAGAAAUCCUGCUGCCAGUUUAAUUCAAGCUAUUUGGCGGUUUUAUUCUACCGAUUCAAGACGAACAAACCUGAGAGCUACCUGGCGAUAUUAUGAAUAUAGUCUUCCAUCCCUCAGUCAAAAGCUGAGCUUUAAAGAACGGGUGCGGAUGGCUAGCCCAAGAGGACAGAGUAUCAAAAACAGACAAGCCUCAGUUGGGGACAGAAGAUCACCAAGUACGGAUAUUACUGCAGAGGGCAGCCCAACAAAAGUGCAAAAGAGCUGGAGCUUCAAUGACCGGACACGCUUCCGGCCUUCCCUGCGUUUGAAGAGCAGGCCACAACCUGAUGCCAGUCUUGGUACUGAUGACAUAUAUGAUGAAAGAGGAUGUCAGUGUGAUGUGUCAGUAGAAGAUCUAACCCCAGCACUUAAAACAGUUAUCCGAGCUAUCAGAAUCAUGAAAUUUCACGUUGCCAAAAGGAAGUUUAAAGAAACUUUACGUCCCUAUGAUGUCAAAGAUGUCAUUGAACAGUAUUCAGCAGGUCAUCUGGAUAUGCUGUGUAGAAUUAAAAGUCUUCAGUCUCGGGUUGAUCAGAUUCUUGGAAGGGGACAAAUUACCACUGAUAAAAGAAGUCGAGAGAAAAAUACUGUAGAGAAUGAGACAACUGAUGACCUUAGCAUGUUAGGGCGUGUAGUCAAGGUGGAAAAACAGGUCCAAUCUAUUGAAUCAAAAUUAGAUUCAUUACUAGACAUUUAUCAACAGGUUUUGAAGAAAGGAUCUGUGUCUGCAUUGACUUUGGCUUCAUUUCAAAUGCCACCUUUUGAAUGUGAUCAAACCUCUGGUUAUCAGAGUCCUGUAGAUAGUAAAGAUUUGUCUAAUUCUGCUCAGACUAGUGGAUCUGUUUCCAGAUCAGCCAGUGUCAACAUGCCAUGUGGCCUACAGCUUAUAUUGACACCAAAUGAGUUCAACACUCAAGCUUACUAUGCCUUUAGUCCAACUAUGCAUAGUCAAGCCACACAGGUGCCAAGCGAUGGACCUGUAACACUGUCCACUAAUAAUGCACUAAACCAAAUAAACCAGACAUCUAAACCAACAGCACCCACUACAUUACAGAUACCCCCCUUUUCAUCAGUAAAGCAUAUCAAUAGGCUGGAGCCUAUUCAUUUUAUUCCCGUUAACACACAGGAAAAUACUUCUGAUGUCACCGCUUGCCUUGUUGCCUCAAAGGAUAAUGGACAAAGUGCACAGUCCAGUGUGACAAAGGAUCUUUCGUGGAGAAAAAGCCUUGAUACAGAGGGUGAACCUCUAGUCUCCGUGAAACCAAUAGUACAAAUGGAUAUAGGAAAAUCAUUGUCAGUACAAAACCUUAUACAGUCAACAGCUGAAGAACUGAAUCUACAGAUUUCUGGAAGUGAUACCAGUAGUUCAAGAAGUAGCCAAGAACUAUAUAGCAAAUGGAGGGAAUCAAAAUUAUUUAUAACCGAUGAAGAUUUGGAAACAGAGAGAGAAAAUGAAACUUUUGAAGCCAUUUCCCACCCAUUAGUGGAAACAACUCUCUCUACUGACUCUCUAAGGACUGGAAUGUCAAGAUCAUCUCAAAGCAUUUGCAAGCCAGGAGACAGCACAGAUGUUCUCAGCCUUCCUCAUGUCAAACUUAAAUAG